UCUGAAUUCAUGGAGACUGAAGAGCUGAACCUGGACCUGGCACUACGCCAGUCCUCUCCGACAGUUUCUGCCAUGGCAGAGUACUUAAACGAACCAGAGAGAGUAUUUACUUGCAACUACUGCGAUAGAACUUUCUACAGCUCACAGGCGCUCGGUGGCCAUCAAAAUGCGCACAAGGUUGAGCGAAGUCUUGCCAAGCGAAGCAGGGAGCUGGCCGCCGCUCUCAGACAACACGGCGGUGGCGAAGGGAAGAAUCCGGUGGCCCCGGCGAGGUAUGGAACAAUUGUGGGAGGGGAGAUGGUUUGGGCUGGGGCUUAUAGGAGGAAAGAGGAUGAAGAGGUGGAUCUGUCUCUAAGGCUAUGAUGAUUUUUUUUUUUUUUAACCUUUUUUUUUGGAUUUAUGAUUUUCAUUUCUUCUCUUCCUUCUGUAAUAAUAGUAAGUAUUUUUUUUUUAAAUUAACAUUUGUUGUUAUGUA